GCGCUCACCUGGGCGCUCACCUGGGCGCGGGCGCUUCCGCAGGAAGGAGGAAGCCGCGCCGCCGUCGCCUCCCGGCGCUCGCUCCCCGCCUGCUGGCUCGGCCGCCCGCCCGCCCGCCACCAUGUCCGCCUCGGCCGUGUUCAUUCUCGACGUGAAGGGCAAGCCCCUGAUCAGCCGCAACUACAAGGGCGACGUGGCCAUGAGCGAGAUCGACCACUUCAUGCCCCUGCUCAUGCAGCAGGAGGAGGAGGGGUCCCUGGCCCCGCUGCUGAGCCACGGCCGGGUCCACUUCCUGUGGAUCAAACACAGCAACCUCUACUUGGUGGCCACCACGUUGAAGAACGCCAACGCUUCCCUGGUAUACUCCUUCCUUUAUAAGACAGUGGAGGUAGGUACUGGUGUCUCAGAUGAGCUCAUGGACUUCGGCUUCCCCCAGACCACGGACAGCAAGAUCCUGCAGGAGUACAUCACGCAGCAGGGCAACAAGCUGGAGACGGGCAAGUCGCGGGUGCCGCCCACCGUCACGAACGCCGUGUCCUGGCGCUCCGAGGGCAUCAAGUACAAGAAGAACGAAGUCUUCAUCGACGUCGUGGAGUCGGUCAACCUGCUGGUCAACGCCAACGGCAGCGUGCUGCUCAGCGAGAUCGUGGGCACCAUCAAGCUCAAGGUGUUCCUGUCGGGCAUGCCGGAGCUGCGGCUCGGCCUCAACGACCGCGUGCUCUUCGAGCUCACUGGCCGCAGCAAGAGCAAGUCGGUGGAGCUGGAGGACGUGAAGUUCCACCAGUGUGUGCGGCUCUCGCGCUUCGACAAUGACCGCACCAUCUCCUUCAUCCCGCCUGACGGCGACUUCGAGCUCAUGUCCUACCGGCUCAACACCCAGGUCAAGCCUCUCAUCUGGAUUGAGUCCGUCAUCGAGAAGUUUUCCCACAGCCGGGUGGAGAUCAUGGUGAAGGCCAAGGGCCAGUUCAAGAAGCAGUCGGUGGCCAACGGCGUGGAGAUUUCGGUGCCUGUGCCCAGCGACGCCGACUCCCCCCGCUUCAAGACGAGCGUGGGCAGCGCCAAGUACGUGCCCGAGAAGAACGUGGUCAUCUGGAGCAUCAAGUCCUUCCCGGGGGGCAAGGAGUACCUCAUGCGCGCCCACUUCGGCCUCCCCAGUGUGGAGAAGGAGGAGGUGGAGGGCCGGCCCCCCAUCGGGGUCAAGUUUGAGAUCCCGUACUUCACCGUCUCCGGGAUCCAGGUCCGGUACAUGAAGAUCAUUGAGAAGAGCGGGUACCAGGCCCUGCCCUGGGUCCGCUACAUCACACAGAGCGGCGAUUAUCAGCUCCGUACCAGCUAGGAGCGAGAGGACGCUGCUCUUCAAGUGUGGGGCUGCCGUCUCCCCAGGCCCUGACUACAGAUACGCAGGGAGAGCGUGUGUGUGCGUGUGCACAUGUGUGUGACCAGUGUCCAGCUCCCAGCACCCUCCUCUCCCAGCAUGGGCUGGGGGUGGGGGGUGGGGAGGUGGUCCCCCUGCCUCUCUUGCUCCUGGGACUGCCCUACCCCACCCCCGAUUUUACAUGAAGAAACCGGAGAGGCCUGAAGCCCCCCCCCCCCACAAGUGCCUUUGCAAUGACCUGCCUUAGGGGGGGUGCUGGGGACCCUUCUCCUCCAUAGCUGCUGUUCCAUUUUAGGGUGUCGUUAAAACAGU